GAGGACACAGAUACAACUGUACAUUUGUAUUUAUUGUGUUAACGCUGGCUACUCUUCUGAAGAAAGCAGGGUCCGGAUUAAAGGAUGUGAAGAAGGCUCUGAGUCGGGGCUCCAAGAUGAGUGUGACGUCAUGGUUCCUGGUCAGCAGCUCAGGUACAAGACAUCGGUUGCCACCAGAGAUGAUCUUUGUAGGCCGGGAGGAGUGCGAGCUCAUGUUGCAGUCGCGCAGUGUGGACAAGCAGCAUGCUGUCGUCAACUACAACCCAGUCACAGACGAGCACAUGGUGAAGGACCUGGGCAGCCUGAACGGGACUUUUGUGAAUGAUCUGAGAAUCCCAGACGAGACUUACAUUACCCUGAUGCUCUCUGAUGUCAUCCGCUUUGGAUAUGAUUCUCAUGUGUACAUCCUGGAGAGGAGUCAACACAAGGUGCCAGAGGAGGCUCUCAAACAUGAGAAGUACACCAGCCAGCUGCAGAUGAGUAUGAAGGCACUGGAGGCCAGGAAGAAGGAGAAGGAGAGGCAGCAUGCUAAGGAGAAGACCAGAGACUCCUCCUGCUUCAAACAGGAGAAAGCCGAGCAUAAAGCUGCCCUCGCAACAGUGGCCAGCGAGACUCCAGUGUCCAGACCCACUCCUCUGUAUGGGCAGCCGUUGUGGUGGGGGGAGGAUGAUGCUGAACACAUUGGAGGACAGCGGGCAGACGAGGACCCUGCAGAGAAUACUAAAGAGGGCUCCAGACGUGACAUCAGCGGUUCCCUGUCAAACAGCCAGGCCAAGACAAUCUACUCACACCACAGGGAGCCAAGCUACUUUGAGAUACCCACCAAGGAGUUCCAGCAGCAGCAGCUCCAUGAGGUUCCCACUAAGGACACUGACCCCCCUUCUGUCCCUGUUCUCCCUCCAGUCUCCACCUCCACACCCCCUGUGGUGCAGAGCCACGCCUCCUUCACCAUUGAGUUUGAUGAAUGCACACCAAGCAAGAUCAAGAUCAAGGACCAUGUGACAAAGUUUUCCUUCCGCCAGCAAUGCAAGCUCCCGGGUAAGGAGGCGGUGACAGCGCCCACUGAGGUGAUGUCAGCGGAGUGCAAGGUGGCUGAUUGGCUGGUCCAAAGCGAUGUGAGCAUGAUGAGGGGUAGGUCUCGGACAGAGGACAUGUUCAGCUCAAAGAGUGGCCUGCCCAUCUGCAACGAGGCUUCCACAGGCCACCACCAUGAGGAUGGGACUCGUAGUGACUCUGAGGAUCCUGUUGUAAACGGGAAACAGGCUAUACAAUUAAAGCCACCAAUGGGCCCUCACAAAUCUCUACCACCCCAGCUGGCCCUCCCUAGACCCUUCACCAACCCUCACUCAGCGGAUCCUCAGUCUCACUCCCCUCCUCCAAGCCAGGACAAAGCAGACCCCCAGCAGGGCUUCGUCAUUGAGUUCUUUGACGACAAUCCACGCAAGAAGCGCUCACAGUCCUUCACCAACAACACAGGCCAGCUCGACAGCCCGGCCCUCAGGAACAAGCCGGAGAAAAGGUGCAACCCCAGCACCCCCACCCAGCAGUACACCAUUCCCUUGAAGGGCCCGGGUUCUGGAGGCCCCCAGAGGGCCGGCUCCCUGAGGAGGGAGAAGAUGGAGGAUCGGAUCGGUAACGACAUCUCCUCCUGCUCCAUCCCUCCCAGGCUGUUUAGAAGUAUGGGACGCAGGUCCAAACUGGCCCAGGACUUCACGGCUGAGUUCCUGAGUGAGUCCAGACAGGAGUCUAGGCCGAGCAUGAACACAACCUGGGAGAAGAAUACGUCUCCUGUGUCUCCUACCACCAGCCCCCCACCAACAGUAGAGGCAACAGCACCCCACUGCCACCCCCACCAGACCACAUCAAGCCCCCCUCAGCCAUACCUGACUCAGACUUCAUCCUGUACCCACCAGUCUGUGCCCCUGAAAGCCCCUCUAAUGUCCAUGGCCCCACGCAGCCUGGAGGCCCCACGCAGCCUGGAGGCCCCACGCAGCCUGGAGGCCCCACGCAGCCUGGAGGCCCCACGCAGCCUGGAGGCCCCACGCAGCCUGGAGGCCCCACGCAGCCUGGAGGCCCCACGCAGCCUGGAGGCCCCACGCAGCCUGGAGGCCCCACGCAGCCUGGAGAUACCACGCAGCCUGGAGGCCACAAGCCCCAAAGGCCUGGGGAAUGAGGAGGAUGAUACCUUGAGUGAAGCAGGCACCUACACCAUUGAGACAGAUGUCCAGGAUAAAGAGGUGGAGGAGGCACGCAGCAAGAUAGAACAGGUGUUUGGUGUUGUUGAGGGGCCUGAACAGCCCGGCCAGACUGCAGCAUGUAAGCCUGUUGAGUUUCAGGACAGGGAGGAGCAUAGGGAGAGUAGCUUGGUGGAUCUGAUGCCAGCUCCAGGGCAGGGACAGAAUCUGGUGCAGGUACCUGGUGGCUCUAAGUGGGUGUCUUGCUGGGCCAGCCUGGCAGACAGCUACACACACUCUGGCCCUGCCUCAGGCCUCUUUGAAAUCCCCUCACAGAUGGACCUGUCUGGAGGAGUUGGUGGGAGGACCGUCCAUCAGGCAACGCUCAGUCGGAACAUCAAUAGUGUGGAAUCGGAAGGCCCGAGUUCCAAAACACAGCGUAUUCCUUCUCAGGCACCAUCGAUGGAAAAUAAUGAGACUCCAACUCCCAGCAUUCUUAUCCAUCAGGACACUUACUCUACCUAUGAUAUCAAAGAGAGGAGCUCCAGAGUCCUUGGACCACAGGAGGACCUCCACAACCUGUCUGUACAGGACGACCUUGACCAAGACAGCCUAAGUGAUGCCAGUAAGUCAGACGACGGCUCCAUCGUGGAGCAGAGGAAGAUGCCCACACCAGAGAGGACAGACAAGAGUACAUCUCAGAGCAGUGAAAAGGAGAGGCCCACACUCCCAGCCAAGUCUACAUCAUUCUACAUUGGCUCUAUGGAGACUGUGCCUAAACAGGAGCGGGGAUCCAGACCCAAUACACCCAGGAUUGAGAGAAAACCACCACCACAUCCCAACACACCACAGUUCUCCACAGCCACCCUGACCAAACAACAGGGUGGACAAGAAUUUCAGAAGACAGUCAAGCUCAACUCAUCAGCUCCCAAGCUUGACUACCAAGGCAGAGUCAGCCCUGAGCCCAACGAGAUCUCAGUGUCUCUGGUCAGGCAGGAGAGUUUCAUUAAGGACCAGCCAAGUGAUGCUGCGGUCACUAGACUCCCACACAUCUCCAGCCAGCCUGCUCUGAAUGACCCUGACCCUGACCCUGCUGAGGUGUUCCAGGGUGUUUGCAGCCAGGACACCCACUCCUACCUCAAUGGGACCGAGGAUGCUCUGGCUGCCCUUGCGGCCAAGCUCCAGGCCCAGCCGCCUGAUGUUGUUCCUCGCCCCAUAGAUUACUCUCUGUCUGGGGAGUCUGACAUGGACUCAGCGAGCACUGCCAGCCUGCGCAACAACCAGACUGCCCCCAAGACUGGAUCCAAGAAGCCCUUGUUCACUAGUGGCCUUCAGAGGGAGAGGUCCUCUGCCAGCUCCUUCACCCAGGAGCCCAGUCGCCAGCAGUCAGCCUUCGAUCGCCUGUCCGAGAAGCGGCGGUCCCAGAGAGUGGACAGCAGCAGGAAGCCUGAACAAGACAGGAGGCUGGGAAUGAGAUGCUGUGUUGUAAAACAUGGCACCAUGGACCUGAGUCACGACCCCCAGAGCCUCAGCUUACCCUACUGGCCUGAAACCAUCUCCUCAGACCAGGAGGUCCCCCGGCCCGCUGCAUGCAAGAAGUACACCGUCCCCCUGCAGAAGGAGGAUCCCACUAAGUCCUCCAAAGUGGCCCAGGCCCUAAGCCGCUCCAACAGCAUGUCUGCCCCACGGCCCACAAGAGCUUCAAUGCUUCGCCGGGCUCGCCUGGGCGAGGCAUCCGACAACGAGGUUACAGAGACAGACAGAAUCUCCCAGAACUCCCAGGAAGUUAGUGGGACCUCCAAGGCCUCCCAGGACAGUAAGAAGCAGCUCUCCAGGCUGGACAUGCUGGCUCUGCCCCGGAAGAGGACUAGCUCCUUCACCACUCCCAGUGAUACAGAGUCCUCAGCACCCAGGACAGGCUUCUCCAACCGCAGCACAGAGUCCAACAGCGGCUCUGGCCUUAAGGCCUCCGUGGCCGGGCCCAGCGCUAAGCCUGCGCUAGGCAGGGCCUCUGGAGCUCCAGGCAAGCUCAUCACCCGCGUCCGCUCCAGCAGUGCCAAAUACACCAGCAGCACAGCCAGCUCUAGACGACGACAGAAAGGCUCUGACUACACCUCCACCUCCGAGGAGGAAUUUGACUCUAACCAGAGCACCCUUAAACACAAACGCUCACACACCCCCUCAGCUUCCCGCUCCCAGCCUCUCAUCCCCCCACGCCCCAAACCCCGCUCACAAGACUCGGACCAGGAGAGUCACGAGGGAGACGCCUACCAGAACUGGUCCUCUCACAGUGCUGAGAUAGCAAGACUGAGUCAGGACCUGGCUAAAGAUCUAUCCGUCCUGGCCAGGGAGAUCCAUGGUGUGACUGGUGAUGCUGAUCCUCAGAGCUCUUCUGCAGUGGAGGCCAAUACACCUGUCUCUACCAUCACCGCCAGGGAGGUGUUGGUCCAUCCCAUCCCAGAGGCUGGUGUGAACUACCUUAGAGUUCCUCCUGGAUCCGCUGCAGCCAGGGACCCCGACCAAACCAUUAUGAAUGACCAGGAAUACAACUCUAAGCACAGAGGAUGCUACCAGGAAGUGGUUGUUGUGGAUGAUCUGAUGUUGAAUCCAGUUUCCCAGAUCUCUCUGGCUAUUCGAGAAAACACAGAGCAGCUAGCUGAGAAAAUAAAGGUACUAUUCCACAACAAAACUGACGUUUGGGGGGAGAUUGAAUCAAAGCUGAAUACUGAAAAUGACUUCCCUGUCCUGAAAGGCUCAAACAAGGAAAUCACAGCUAUUCUGAAAGAGCUCAGAAGAGUUCAGAGACAACUUGAAGUCAUCAACACUAUCAUUGAGCCCUGUGGAAAUCUUGAGCCAGCCAAAGCCUCCACUCCUAGUGCCGCCUCCACUCCUAGUGCCCCCUCCUCAGCCGGGUUGAAGCCAUCCAGGGCCCCUUCGAGAUACUGGAGAACCUCGGGUUCCCAGCGGGGUGUGGUUCCUUCUUCCAGCUCCAGGCCCAGUGAGAGUGUCAGGAGAUCAGUUGUGGCCUCUGAGGCAGAGAGCUACGUGGUCUGAGGUUUUGGAACACAGUGCCUCCCCUUCACUGCUGCAUCACAAUUCCAGGUGUUGAGAGAGUGGAUUAGAGGGGGAAAUAGGCACUGCUAGAGAGAACUGUGGCCCCACCGCACAAAGACACUACUGUACUGUGUGUGCACUACUAGACAACUGCAAUGCGCAUUGAACUGCCAUGGUGUGAGAAAAGGGUUGUACGAGACACAAAGCCAUGCAGUGGUUAGUUCAGUCGAGGGAAAAUCCCUUUAAAGGCCCAUUGCAACUGUUUUUAUAUCAAUAAGAAAAAAUCUGGAUAACAUAUUAUAAUUAACUAGUAGUGCACACACCUUACUGUAAUAGAUAUAUAUUCAAAUUGACAAAAAUAACUUUUUACACAAACUAUUUCUUAAGCAAGAAUUUUGCUAGGACUGUCUGAGUGGAGAAGAAAAACUGAAAACUAGCUGUUCUUGGCAGAGGUUUGGAACUCUUUGUUAUUGUUAUUGGUCUAUUAACCAAUUUACCGCAUGGUGAUGUCACCAUGGAAAGCCGAAAUGUCUGCCCAUGCAAACAUGCUGAUUAGAAGGACCUGUCUAGAUUGUAUUUUCAACCAGCAACUCCAGGAUCAGUGUUAGUUUCAUCAGCUGUUGAACAAUAUGAUACAAAACACACAAACAGAAUUUUGACUACACUGGGCCUUUAAGACGAGGUCAUUAUUCUGCCAUAUACCCUUGUUGAUCUCACGCUCAGAAAACUUAAGCAUACUUGCAUUUGAUUGAUUGAUUUCUAUAAUUGUAUUAAUUGGGGAAAUUUUGCCGCAAUCAGCUUAGAGCACAGUAUAUUUAAAAACAGCUUGAGUAUAAUUACUAAAGUAAUUAACUAAUAAAAUUAAAGCAUAUUUUGACUUUGCUUGAUUAAAUGUAUAAGUAAAGAAUUUAUAUUCUCCAGGAUUCCUUGAUAGGUUUAUUCAAGACUUCAUCACUGCUUUCUUUGAAUACUCACUUUCUUUUGACCACUUUCUCCCUCUAUGGACCAGACCUAUUGAAGAAUGGCUAAAGUAUUUAAUUGUACUGAUUUAUAUAUUAUUAAAGAGUUUAUACAUUUGCACUUGGACACUUGCUUUUGCGCAAAUAGAAUGUUAUUUUUCUGGUCUCUUAAACGACAUUGAGGCAUUUUUUAAAUUAAAUGUAAGAAUGGCUCUAGGAGUCAUUGCUUUACAAGGUAUCUCAUGUUGCCAGUAGAAACGGUUGCGUAUGUAUUCUCUAGAGUCAAAGGUAGACAUCAGGUCUGCUUCCUCAUGCACUAUCUGACACUAUAGAUUUCCUUGUUCUCAGAACUGAAAGUCUGUGUGGAAUGUAUGGUUGGGUGGGCAGGGCUGGGGGGUUUAGUGCUGGGGUAGAAAGUUAGUUUUAAUCACCUAGCAACAACCAACUGCUGUAUCUGCUUAGCUCAGCCCAGAGAUUUUAGACUUUCAUUCAGGGCUUCUACCAGCUAGCGCCAUUUGGAAAGUGUGUUUGUAUUGCUGAUAGGUUUGAUUGUCAUAACUGGUCAGUUGAUUGCACAGCUUUCAAUAAUGUGGUCAGACAUACAGUGAGCUCUAAAAGUAUUGGGACAGUGACACAUUUGUUGUUUUGGCUCUGUACUCCAGCACUUUGGUUUUGACAUGAUAUAAUGACUAUGAGGUUGAAGUGCACACUUAACUUUUAAUUUGAGGGUAUUUUCAUCCAUAUCGAGUGAACCAUUUAGAAAUUACAGCACUUUGUACAUAGUCCCCCCAUUUUAGGGGACUAAAAGUGUUGGGACAAAUUCACUUGUGUAUUAAAGUUGUCAAGUUUAGUGUUUGGUCCCGUAUUCCUCGCACGCAAUGACAAUGGUUAUAUCAAGCUUGUGAAUCUACAAAGUUGUUGGAUGCAUUUGCUGCUUGUUUUGGUUGUGUUUCAGAUUAUUUUGUGCCCAACACAAUGAAUUGUCAUUUUGGAGGUACGUUAAGAACAUAAUGUUUCCAAACACUUCUACAUUCAAUGUGGAUGAUACUAUGAUUACUGAUAAUCCUGAAUGGAUUGUGAAUAAUGAUGAGUUGGAAAGUUACAGAUGCACAAAUCCCCCCCCCCCCAUCCACAUUUUAAUGUAGAAGUGUUUAAGAAACAUUAUAUUGUUAUUUACAAUAAAAGUGACUAUAUAAAAUUACACCGUACAUUAUUUAUCAUUCAUUUCUAUUAGGCACAAAAUAAUCUGAAACGCAGCCAAAAUAAACAGCAAAUGGUUUUGGCCCCCUAAAAUGGGAGGACUAUGUACAAAAAGUGCUGUAAUUUCUAAAUGGCUCACCUGAUAUGAACAAAAAUACAGUCUGCACUUUAACCUCAGUCAUUGUAUCAUUUCAAAUCCAAAGUGCUGGAAUACAGAGCCGAAACAACAACAAAAAGUGUCACUGUCCCAAUACUAUUGAAGCUCACUGUAUCUCAGGGCAGUGUACUUUCUGAACUCCUGUGAUGUUGAUGCCAGUUUUAAAGGACUGUAUCAGGUGUCAACAGCAAGAUGCACUUGCUGUUUCUUGUUUUGUUCUAAUCAUUCAUCAUAAUUGUGAGCAGAAAUGUUGUGCAGUUAUACAUUAAAUCAAAAUGUCAUGCUAUAUGUACAUAUCUAAGACUUGAUGAUCUAGAGAUGACCACACCAUCUUGUAUUUUGCACUAGUGUAGUACCAUUGAGACCCUUUUAAUCUUAUGCUGAGAAGCUACACAUCAAGCCACCUUUUUUUACUAAGGGGGAUGCUCUCAUUCUGUUAGAUUGUAUAAAUGAUAUCCUGUCCGGAAGGAAGGAAAGGAGACUGAAAAUGCAAUAAAAUAAAGGGACUACAGUCCACAAGUGCUUGUCCUUUUCCCAACAGUUUGUGUAGCUGUAUAUGAAAUUGUAAAAGGAAUUUCCCUCAGUGCCACAAAGCCUUUUGGGAUAUGUUUCAUACCACAAAGUACAGUUCUUGUUUACACCCAUGGGCUAAGUUAAAUCUGUCUGAGCUUUUGAUUGCUGUGACACGAAGUGCUGCUGCUAUUCUGCUUUGUGGAAGUUUUAUUAUAUUUCUCCAUCAAAAGCUCCAGUUAAACACUUUAAUUGAGAAAUAUCUUGAUGUCAUAUGUGAGUCAAAUGUUGUAUACCUAGCUCAUAUCCCUUUAAAGUCAUCAGUCAUCAUGGUUUGUUUUUUGGGUUGGUUGGCUCUUGCACCCUAAAAGUAAUGUUAAGUUCCACAUCCUUCAGCAUCUGUUAUUUAUGAUGUUUUCCAGAAUGAAUUUAUUGGAAAGGUUAUACAUUUUGUGCAAAGUUUAGAGAAUGUGAUAACAUGUUGUAAUAAAGAGAUUUGU